AUGGCUGGGGCUCUCGGUGGCUUCAAUACACAUGCCAGAUACAUCAUCUCUGCAAUCUACAUCACUGCCUACCAAGACCCAGCUCAGAAUGUGGAGAGAUCUCACUACAUUACCGUGAUGGAACCCAUCAACGGUGGACAAGAUCUUCACGUGUCUGUCACCAUGCCUUCCAUUGAGUUUGGUACGAGAACCACCAGGAUCUUGGCCAUCAGCGCCGUCAUCGGCUCUGGCAGCCUUCUCUUCUUUCAGCAACAACCUCUGCAACACGGUUGCGAUCGUCCGGAAUCCACCAUGAUCCCUUCACUUCCCACAAAUGCGAGCCGCGACGUCUGCUCCCUUGUCUGCAAGCAUUGUCUCGCUCUCAAGCGGCCUUGA